AUGGCUAUUAAAUCAUCUGAAGAAUCUCAAAGAGGAAUAAAUGUAUAUUUGAGUCAUCCAUGGUAUUUAAUUAAAAGUGGUUAUCUUAUUCUUACAUGGAUUGUUAUGGGUAUUCAUCUUGAAUUGGUUGGUCCAACAAUGCCAAUACUAGCAUCAAAUGUCAAUGUUGAUUAUAGUGGUAUGGGUUCAGCACUUGCAUUACGAGCUGCUGGUUAUUUAAUAGCAAAUAUAUCUGCUGCUUUUCUACAAAAUAUUGUUAAAAAACAUUCUGAAGGUCUUCUUAUAUGUGCAUUUGUUUUACCUGCUAUUGCUGUAUUUUCAACAUCAUUUGUCACAUCAUUUAUAAUAAUGUGUUUUUUAUUUUUUAUCCAAGGUGUUGCUCAAGGUCUUACAGAUUUAGGUGGAACAAAUAUAUUAUUAACAAUGUGGGGUGCAAAUGCAGCAGCUCCAUUAAAUUCUGCUCACUUAGGAUAUGGAAUUGGUGCUGUUAUUGUUAAUUUACUUGUUCGUCCAUUUCUUAGUCAAACAUCAUCAUCAUCAUCGAAUAAUUUAAUAAAUAAUAAUGAAGAAAUAAAUUCAACAUUAUCAUCUGUUGAUUCAAGAUUAACUAAAUCAUCUAUUGUUAUACCUUAUUCAAUAACUGCAUUAUUAUGUCUUUUAACUGCUGGUGGACAUUUAUUUUUCUACAUAAAAGAACAAAAAAGUCAACGAGAAAGAUUAGAAAUCGAACAGGCUGAUUAUGCUGCUGUAAGUACAAAUCAAACAACUGAAAGUCAUUUACGAACUAAAGAUAAUUAUUCUCCAUAUUCUCCUCGUACAUGUGGUCGAGGAUUUUUUCAAUAUGGUUUAACACUUUCAAUUAUAUUUAUUUGUUAUACUUUUUUUAUUGGUGGAAAUGAUCAAACAUUUUCAAAAUUCUUUUUUACUUAUCUUAAAUCUGACAAAUUUAAUAUAUCAACUCAAACUGCUAUAUCGGCAACUAUUUUAUAUUGGCUUUCAUAUUCUGUAUGUAUUAUUUAUUUAUUUAGUUAUUAUUAUCAUCAAAAUCAUUUUAUAUUCGAACAUAGAUAA